CGUCAGGAGCUGUCCGCGGCCCCCGGUGCUGAAACAAAAUGGCUGGUGGCGGUGGAGGCAGGGACCCGGCGUGAGCGAAGAGCCGAGCCCAGGGAGCUCGGGAGCUCGGGAGCCAGCAAGCAGGGAGAGCCAAAGAACAGGCCGGGUAGGGCUGGGCUGGGAUGCCACAGCUCCGCGGGCGGGCGUCGGCACAUAGGCAGCCUCCCUGCUGAGCUCCGGGUCCCCCCCACUCCGCCCCCAGCCCCGGGCCCGGCCCCCAGGACCAUGUCUCUGCUCUGCGUUGGAGUCAAAAAAGCCAAGUUUGAUGGUGCUCAAGAAAAAUUCAAUACCUAUGUGACCCUGAAGGUGCAGAAUGUUAAGAGCACCACCAUUGCGGUGCGGGGGAACCUGCCAUGCUGGGAGCAGGAUUUCAUGUUUGAAAUUAAUCGCCUGGACCUUGGCCUGACAGUGGAAGUUUGGAAUAAAGGGCUCAUCUGGGACACCAUGGUGGGCACUGUAUGGAUCCCCCUCCGGACCAUUCGCCAGUCUAAUGAGGAGGGUCCUGGAGAAUGGCUCACCCUGGACUCUCAAGUAAUCAUGACAGACAAUGAGAUCUGUGGUACCAAGGACCCCACCUUCCAUCGAAUUCUCCUGGAUACCCGCUUCGAACUGCCCUUGGACAUCCCUGAGGAAGAGGCUCGGUAUUGGGCAAAGAAGCUGGAGCAGUUGAAUGCUAUGAGGGACCAGGAUGAUUAUUCAUUCCAAGAAGAACAGGACAAGCCUCUUCCAGUCCCCAGCUCCCAGUGUUGCAACUGGAGUUAUUUUGGCUGGGGGGAGCAGCAGAAUGAAGACCCAGACAGCGCUGUGGACGACCGGGACAGUGAUUACCGCAGUGAGACCAGUAACAGCAUCCCACCACCCUACUACACCACAUCACAGCCAAAUGCUUCUGUCCACCAGUACUCAGUCCGACCUCCUCCACUGGGCUCCCGAGACUCCAGGGACUCUUACAGUGAUUCCAUGAGGAGCUAUGAAGACUACUCAGAAGCACCUCCAGUCAGACGCUUCACUAGCGUCGAUGCAACCACUCGGGGCCACAGCGACUCGGAGGCUGGCCGGGGCUGGCCAACCCGCCGCCAUUAUUCCCUUGAGAACAGGCCGUCCCUAGACCUGUCAGAUAGCCCAACUGGCAGCAGCCACUAUGCCUCCUCAGGGGAACUGAGUCAGGGAAGCUCACAGCUGAGUGAGGACUUUGAUCCGGAUGACCAGAGCUUGCAAGGCUCAGAGAUAGAGGAAGAGAGGGACCGAGACUCUUACCACUCCUGCCACAGCUCGGUGAGCUACCACAAAGACUCACCGCACUGGGAUCAGAAUGAGGAGGAGGAGGAAGAAGAGGAGGAGGAGGAGGAGGAGGACUUGGAGGAGGAAGACUUAGAAGAAGACUUGGAGGAUGAAGAGCUGAGGCAGGAAGGUUACAGUGAGAAUGAGGAAGAAUACUCCAAAGAGGAGAGCUACCCACCAACUGUACCCACAUCCUCAGAAAGGGAGGAAAAGCCCUCCCCAGUGUCUGCUGAAGUCCCUGAAGUGGCCAAGAUGCCUCCAGAGCCAGCAGUAGCUGAGGAGCUGCCUGGGGCAGAGCGGGCACCUGAGCCUGAACCUCCAAAGCCGGAAGAGAGUUACAGGGCUCGGGAAGAUGAAGAGGGGCAGGACUCCAUGUCUAGAGCCAAGGCCAACUGGCUGCGAGUAUUCAACAAAGUCCGAAUGCAGCUCCAGGAGGCCCGAGGAGAAGGAGAGAUGGCUAACUCACUCUGGUUCAAAGGCGGGCCUGGCGGUGGUCUCAUCAUCAUAGACAGCAUGCCCGACAUUCGCAAAAGAAAACCAAUUCCCCUUGUGAGCGACCUGGCGAUGUCCUUGGUCCAGUCCCGGAAGGCUGGCAUCACCUCUGCACUGGCUUCCAGCACCUUAAACAAUGAAGAGCUAAAAAACCAUGUUUACAAGAAGACGCUUCAAGCCUUAAUCUACCCCAUCUCUUGCACAACCCCCCACAACUUCGAGGUGUGGACGGCCACCACACCCACCUACUGCUAUGAGUGUGAGGGGCUUCUGUGGGGCAUUGCUCGGCAGGGCAUGAGAUGUACCGAGUGCGGGGUCAAGUGUCACGAGAAGUGCCAGGACUUACUCAAUGCUGACUGCCUGCAGCGAGCUGCAGAAAAGAGCUCUAAGCAUGGGGCAGAGGACCGCACACAGAACAUUAUUAUGGUGCUUAAGGACCGCAUGAAGAUCCGGGAGCGGAACAAGCCUGAGAUCUUUGAGCUGAUCCAGGAGAUCUUUGCAGUCUCCAAGACAACACACACACAGCAGAUGAAAGCUGUGAAACAGAGCGUCCUGGAUGGGACAUCCAAGUGGUCGGCUAAGAUCAGUAUCACUGUGGUCUGUGCCCAGGGCCUUCAGGCAAAGGACAAAACCGGCUCCAGUGACCCCUAUGUUACUGUCCAGGUCGGCAAGACGAAGAAACGAACUAAAACCAUCUAUGGGAAUCUCAACCCUGUGUGGGAAGAGAACUUCCAUUUCGAGUGCCACAACUCUUCAGACCGCAUCAAGGUGCGUGUCUGGGAUGAGGAUGAUGACAUCAAGUCUCGAGUGAAGCAGAGGUUCAAGCGAGAGUCAGACGACUUCCUGGGCCAGACCAUCAUUGAAGUACGAACGCUGAGCGGCGAGAUGGACGUCUGGUACAACCUGGACAAGCGGACAGACAAGUCAGCCGUGUCCGGAGCUAUCCGAUUACAUAUCAGUGUGGAGAUCAAGGGUGAGGAGAAGGUGGCACCGUACCAUGUCCAGUACACGUGUCUGCAUGAGAACCUGUUCCACUUUGUAACAGAUGUGCAGAACAGUGGUGCUGUCCGGAUCCCAGAUGCAAAGGGCGAUGAUGCCUGGAAGGUUUAUUAUGAUGAGACUGCCCAGGAAAUUGUGGACGAAUUUGCCAUGCGCUAUGGCGUCGAAUCCAUCUACCAAGCCAUGACACACUUCGCCUGCCUCUCUUCCAAGUACAUGUGCCCUGGAGUACCUGCUGUCAUGAGCACCCUGUUAGCCAACAUUAAUGCCUACUACGCCCACACCACAGCCUCUACCAAUGUCUCUGCUUCUGACCGAUUUGCUGCCUCCAACUUUGGGAAAGAGCGAUUUGUGAAACUCCUAGACCAGCUGCACAACUCUCUGAGAAUCGACCUGUCCAUGUACCGGAACAACUUCCCAGCAAGCAGCCCAGAGAGGCUUCAGGAUCUCAAGUCUACUGUGGACCUUCUCACCAGCAUCACCUUCUUCCGGAUGAAGGUCCAGGAGCUACAGAGCCCACCUCGUGCCAGCCAAGUGGUGAAGGACUGUGUGAAGGCCUGCCUCAAUUCCACCUAUGAGUACAUCUUUAACAACUGCCAUGAACUCUAUAGUCGAGAAUACCAGACUGACCCGGCUAAGAAGGGUGAAGUGCCUCCAGAGGAGCAGGGACCCAGCAUCAAGAACCUAGACUUUUGGUCCAAGCUCAUCACACUCAUCGUGUCCAUCAUUGAGGAAGACAAGAACUCCUAUACACCUUGCCUCAACCAAUUUCCCCAAGAGCUGAACGUGGGCAAGAUCAGUGCAGAGGUGAUGUGGAACCUGUUUGCUCAGGACAUGAAGUAUGCCAUGGAGGAGCAUGACAAACACCGAUUAUGUAAGAGCGCCGACUACAUGAACUUGCACUUCAAAGUCAAAUGGUUGUACAAUGAGUACGUGACCGAGCUGCCCUCCUUCAAGGACCGUGUGCCUGAAUACCCUGCGUGGUUUGAGCCUUUUGUUAUCCAGUGGCUGGAUGAGAAUGAGGAGGUGUCCCGGGACUUCCUCCAUGGAGCUUUGGAGCGUGACAAGAAGGAUGGGUUCCAGCAGACCUCCGAGCAUGCUCUAUUCUCCUGCUCUGUGGUGGAUGUCUUCUCCCAACUCAACCAGAGCUUUGAGAUCAUCAAGAAACUUGAGUGUCCUGACCCCCAGAUUGUAGGCCACUACAUGCGCCGCUUUGCCAAGACAAUCAGCAACGUCCUGUUGCAGUACGCUGAGAUCAUCUCUAAGGACUUCACAACAUACUGCUCGAAGGAAAAGGAAAAAGUGCCAUGCAUCCUCAUGAACAACACACAGCAACUCCGGGUGCAACUGGAGAAGAUGUUUGAGGCCAUGGGUGGGAAGGAGCUGGAUGCUGAAGCCAGUGACAUCCUGAAGGAGCUUCAGGUGAAACUCAAUAAUGUGCUGGAUGAGCUCAGUCGACUAUUUGCCACCAGCUUCCAACCACAUAUAGAAGAGUGUGUCAAGCAGAUGGGUGACAUCCUGAGUCAGGUGAAGGGCACAGGAAAUGUGCCAGCCAGUGCCUGCAGCAGCGUUGCCCAGGAUGCCGAUAACGUCUUGCAGCCCAUCAUGGACCUGUUGGACAGCAACCUGACCCUCUUUGCCAAAAUCUGUGAGAAGACGGUGCUGAAGCGAGUCCUGAAAGAGCUCUGGAAGCUGGUGAUGAACACAAUGGAGAAGACCAUUGUGCUGCCGCCCCUUACAGACCAGACGAUGAUUGGAACGCUCUUGAGAAAACAUGGCAAGGGAUUAGAGAAGGGCAGGGUGAAACUCCCCAGCCACUCAGACGGGACCCAAAUGAUCUUCAAUGCUGCCAAGGAGCUGGGCCAACUCUCUAAGCUCAAGGACCAUAUGGUACGGGAAGAGGCCAAGAGCUUAACCCCCAAGCAGUGUGCUGUGGUGGAACUGGCUCUGGACACUAUCAAGCAAUAUUUCCACGCGGGUGGCGUGGGGCUCAAGAAGACCUUCUUAGAAAAGAGCCCGGACUUGCAGUCCCUCCGUUAUGCCCUGUCUCUCUACACGCAGGCCACAGACCUGCUCAUCAAAACUUUUGUCCAGACCCAGUCAGCUCAGGUUCAUGGUGGAAAAGGUAUUAGGUUUACUCUUAGUGAAGAAAUUUAUCCUGAGAAGGGAUCAGGAGUGGAUGACCCUGUCGGUGAGGUUUCUGUCCAUGUGGAGCUCUUCACCCACCCAGGUACUGGGGAACACAAGGUUACAGUGAAAGUUGUGGCUGCCAAUGACCUCAAGUGGCAGACAUCAGGCAUCUUUCGGCCCUUCAUCGAGGUCAAUAUCAUUGGGCCCCAGCUAAGUGACAAGAAAAGGAAAUUUGCCACCAAGUCUAAGAACAACAGCUGGGCUCCCAAGUACAACGAGACCUUCCAAUUCACACUGAGCGCUGACGCGGGCCCCGAGUGCUACGAGCUGCAGGUGUGCGUGAAGGAUUACUGCUUCGCCCGCGAGGACCGCACGGUGGGCCUGGCCGUGCUCCAGCUGAAGGAGCUGCUGCAGCGCGGGAGCUGCGCCUGCUGGCUGCCCCUGGGCCGCCGCAUCCACAUGGACGACACGGGCCUCACCGUCCUGCGCAUCCUGUCCCAGCGCAGCAACGAUGAGGUGGCCAAGGAAUUCGUCAAACUCAAAUCGGACACCCGCUCAGCCGAGGAGGGCGGCGCUGGACCCGGGCCCGGUUCUGGCCAGGGGCCUGGGUCCUAGGAAGCUGGGCUGGGGCUGACGGGGAGGGGCCCCGGGCCUGACCUGGUCUGGCGGGACCGGCUCGGGGAAGCUCUCUUUUGGGACGCUGGGCAGCCCGGGAGGCCCCUCCUCCCACUGAUCCCAGCCCUGCCCAGCAGGGAGAGUUGGGGAGGGGGAGGGCCUUCUGCUUCUGCCAUCCCCACCAGGGGGUUAGGAGGGCUGAAGGAGAUGAGGCGUGCCUCCCCGCCCUUCCACCCUAGGCAACUGGGGGAGGUGGGGGGGAAGACCCUUUGUUUCCCGGCAUACUCCAUCCACUACUCCGCUGGGCAGCCCUAGUUGAUGAACUGAGGGAGACCCUACCUGCUAAGAGACUGGGAAGUUCAGAGCCCCGCCCCAGAGGGGGUCUUAUGGGGCAGAUGAGGAGGGGGAAGACAUGCCACGGGAGGGACAGCCCUAGGAUAUUCCUCUCUCCCGGGGACCCAUACCCACACCUGCAGAAAAGCCAUACAGGUCGUCUGCCCUAUUAUCGCCACCAGACAUAGCCCUAACCCCAGGCGUGUGGGUGGGGGAAGGGGAGCAGGGCAAUUACCCAGGGAGGACCUCAGAGCCCUUUUGUGGGGCUGGGGACAGUGAGUCAGGACUUUAGGCAGGGGCCUGAGGCUCCAGCCAUUCAGGGAUGGGGGGAGGGGGGUGCUCAGAGGCUGGGCCUUUGAAAGGCAAGCUGGGAGGAGGAUUUGGGGAGGGACCCCCAUGUUUGGUGUUUGCAAAAAAAAAAAGUGACGUUUAAAAGCACACAAACCCUCAGGCACCCAACUCUAUUCAGGGUUCUGAGGGCAUCAGGGGCCAGGACUGGGGGAGGUUGGAAGAGAGCACUGAAUGGCUUGUUCUGGGUAGGAGUUGAUAUAGCUCCCCUUCUAAUUCCCAAGAGCUCCUGGGUCCAGGCCUAGAAUGGCUUAAUGGGCCAGAGGAAUAGACCCAGGUUGGCCCCUCUUCCCUUUCCCCAUUGCCUUCUGGAUGCCCCUGCUCCCAGCCGCUUUCCCAUCUAAGACAGGGGAUCCAGGAAGAAGGGAGGGACCAGAACCUUGUGAUGACAACCAUCCCAUUUCCAUCACCAUUCCCCAGGGGGCCCCCAAGGGGCUGCACCUCAGACCCCUGCUUCCAGCUGCUGCUAAAAGUCCCCACUGGGGUCCUCUCCCCCAACCUUGGAGGACUUUCACUGUUCCCUCCUUCAGCCUCAUCUGUCACCUGGAGGACAGGCAAGAAAGGGAGUUUGGCACUAGGCUACAACUCCCCAGGAGCCUCCUCCAUCCUCUCUUCCUCCCACCCUACUCAGCCUUUCCUCUUCCCCCACCCACUGAGCCAGGGGGGCCUAGGAGGUAUGGAAAGGCUUUGCAGGGGGAGGGAGGGAGAAUACAAUCCUUUGUUCCCGAAGGUCCCUUAAACUUACCCAGGGAGUAGACACUCCUGUCUGCCACUUCCCAUUAGAAAUGCCCCCCAAAUGUUCAUAUUCCUCGCCCCACGCCCACCCCAGCACAUGAUGAAUCAGAAGGUAAGCUGCCUGGCCCCACUGUCCCCAGCCACUAAAUUCACCCCACCAUCUCUUUGUCCUCUCCCUCCAACUAGGGACUCCUCUGCCUUCCCAAGGGUUGGUCCUCCACAUGGGCCACUGAAACAAAAAAAGCUGUGGGCAGUGGCACCCAUCUCUGAGCAUGUCCAUUCGUUACCAUAGGUGCCCAUCUGUGUGUACUUGUCUGUGCACGUGUAUGGGAGAUUGUUCGUAUCUGUGUCUCUGUGCUUUACUGUGUUUGUUCCCAUUUGCCUGUGUGUGUGUGUGUGUGUGUGUGUGUGUGUGCCUGUACGUCCCAUCUGUGUGUGGCUGGCUGUGAGAAUGAGCAUAUCUGUGUGCAUGCAUGUUUGCCACCACAUGAGUUUGUGUGCCUGUCUUGCAUGUGUGUGCACGUCUCUACACCUAUAUGCAUGUGUGCCUGUGUGAGUGAGCAAGUGUGUACCUGUCUUAACUUCCUACCUGUGCACCUAUCUUCCUGCCUCUCCAGCCUGUAUCUCAGAGGACCCCCAUGGAAAGGAUAGAGGAACCCAGACAACAGGGAGGGACAGAGAGAUGGGGGGGCAGGGGGACAGAACUGAGAGCUCAUCUUUUUAUAGAAGGGGAGGGAAGUCAUAGAACAAAGAGAGCAGGAAAUGGGGGAACAGCAAGGAUACUUUUCUAGGGAAUGAGGGGAGGUCCACGUUCCCAAUCUGGAAAGACACAGAGGAAGAGAGAACAGAAUGAAUCACAGAAUAUCAGAGUUGGGAGGACUCUUGGCAUAUAGAAUUGCAGAAAGGACCUCAGAACACACAAUGCAGGGUUUUAAAGAGCAUCUAAUCCAGCUUCCUCAUUUUUCAGAUGAGGCAACUGAGCCCCAGCAAAGGGAAGAAAAGUUACUCCAGGGUCACACAGCCAAUCAGCCCUGCUGAGCUCAGGGAAGGGAUCGGCUCCCUCAUCUUUCAUCACAUGAGGCCUGGAUGAGGGGGGCUCCAGGCAGUCCAUGCCCUCCUUUGGGAACAGGAAGGCACUUGGGGCAUACUCAGCCUGAGUAAGGCAGACCUCAAUUUACACAAUGGGAAGCACCUGAAGAAGUCAAACACUAUCUUCAGCACAAGAGGGGAGCUCGUUUAUAAAACACUUCCCUUUCCCCAACUCAUUCCAAUGAAGCCUUUCAGUGAACCCCAAUGUCCAUUUAGCCAGUUUGCUGGAAAGCAACUACCCAAAGAUAUUUGCUGAUGGGUGAGACCAAAUAUCCUGAAGGGGCCAAAACUGCUCCCCUCGCCGUCUCCUGGGUCCCAACCUGGAAGCCAUCUGCCUUCAGCCUGGAUUGCCUAAGGGAAGAAUGCCAUAUGUUUUCAGGAACAGCCAGGCAGACAAAAGACUGAGAUGAGAGACCGGCAGAAAAGAGCCAGAUUAACAGAGAUUAGGUUCUCCUCCUACUCAGAGGAGAGGUUCAAAAACUGAAAAAUCCAACUAGGAGAUGUCCUCUCUUUCCUCUAUCCCUUCCUAACUUACUAAAGGGUGGGGAUAUUCUUAAGGCCAGCUGUUCUUUCUUCCACCAGGGCCAAGGAUCAGAAGUGCAAUAUGCAAAAAAAAAAAAAAAAAAAAAAAGUGGGGUGGGGAGUAUUAGAGCUGUGAGGCACCUUAAAAGCCAUCUGGCUCAGUCCCCUCAUUUAACAGAUGUGAAACCUAAGGGGCAGCGAGGGAAGGGACUUGGCCAAGGUCACACAGUGAGCCAGUGACAGAGGGGAGGACUGUGCUGCAGUGGUAGGAUUCCAUUCCUGAUUCUGCUACUCACAGCUUAUAUUACGGGUGAAUUCCCUAACAUCUCUUGGUCUCAGUUUCCUCAUCUGGUCAAAUGUGAGGUUGGGACUAGAUUCCCUCCAGCAAUAAAACAAUGAUCUUCUAAGUGGAACCCAGGGCUCCAGUCUUAAGACUGAGACAGCACAAAGGCGUCAGGUAGACAGAGAGCUGGGGGCGGGGGAGGGGGGAGAGCACAGAGGAUCUGGAAGGACCAAAGGGUUGGGUGGGGGGAGGGAGAUGGAUCGUAUACAGGGAAGCCCCAGUCUUCUGUUACAAGAUCAUACCCCACCCUUUCUUCAACAUCCAUUCCUUUUUCUAAUACUUGCCAAGGACCAAAGUUGUAGGACAUUUGCACCUGUUUUCCAUUCAUCUUUGCCUUUUAGAGAAGAGUACUUAACUGUGUCAGAUGAGGAAACUUUCCCUCCUUCAAUCCCAUUCCCACCCUCUUCCAGCCACUGCCCCCUGUGACAAGCAUUUAGUUUGUUGCUUUGAGUAACAGGAUCUUAAUGCUGGAAGGACCUCAGCUCUAGUUCAAACCCCUCCUUUUACAGAUUGGGGAAAUUUCAGCCCCAGGAUAAGGAACACACUUCGAGCCAGGGUACAGAACUGGGACUGGAACCCAGGUCUAUGGAUGCCCAGCCCAGGGCUCUUUGAACUGCUUCCCUCCUUCCCCAAUGCCUCUCAGUCCCUUUCCUAACUUGGGCCCCCUGACUAGAGCAGAGAAGGCUUGACUGUGGGGGAGGGUGUGCCCUGACCCCACCAUACCCCAACCCUUGACCCCAAGAAUAAUCCCACAAACAAGUGUUUGUCCCUGCUACAGGACUUCUCUGGCAUGUGGUUGCGAAAGAAACACCUUCCGCCUGGGACAGCGAUGAUGCCCUGGGUUCCUCUGUAAAUAUAUGAACCAGAACAAGUGUUAAAUCGAUCAUGGAUGCAUGAAAUUGAGAUGUUUUGCACUAUUUUGACUUUUUGGUCUCUGUAAAAAUAUUUUAUUAUUAACGGACAUUAAAAAAAAAAAGCACACCCUC